AUGAAACUGGAUGACACGGAGGCUGUCCUUGCUUUUCUCCUGGCUCUCUUCCCUCGCCGCUUCUGCAAUCGUGACGCCGUCACUGACUGUGGUUCUCCAAAUCUGACGAUCGUCAGCCGCUGCCUCCCAGGUGUUAGGGUCCUGCCUCAGGAUGACCCAAGGCAACACGGCGUAGGCUUCGCUGUGAAGAACUCACUGAUACCAGUCAUUGAACCACCAACUGGCCGAUCUGAGAGAAUCCUACCAUUGGGCCUCUCAACAUCUACAGGCCGUCAGGGCAUAGGCAAGAUGAAUGAGAAUGGACAGCGGCUGCUGGAACUGUGCUGCCACCACGGACUAUGCGUCACGAACACCUACUUCAAGUGCAAAGAACGCCACAAAGUCUCUUGGACACACAACCGUUCUCGACACUGGCACCAGCUCGACGUUGUCAUCACCAGGCGUGCAAACCUAAGGAUCGUUCUUCACACUCGGAGCUUUCACAGCGCAGACUGCGACACGAACCACUCCCUAGUAGGCUGCAAAGUGAGACUGAUAACCAAGAAAAUAUGCCGCUCCAAAACCAAGGGCCUCCCUCGCAUCAACACCUGA